AUGGUCCGAAAUAAGAGACCCCGGCUCCUGGGCACAUCGCAGCAGCACUCACCGCGCAGACCCACGGGCACCAUGGAUGACUUUGUGUCUACUCCGGCGGAGCUGUGGGGCGCCAGACUUGUGGACAAGAUGGUCCCGACCUCCCCCAGCGCGGGAGAGUCAGUAGAGGGAAGCGAGGGAGACGACGCGCUCACCUUAAUCAGGCAGGAGCUGUCAAGAAUUUCAGCCCAAAUGCUAACGAAGGCGGACACCAGCAACCUACUGCAAGAAUUCGGGACUGCGGUGCGGGAAGAAAUUUCAACCCUGCGCACAGACCUGCCGGCAGUGGAGGUGAGGGUGGACGCGCUGGAGACUGAAGCGCAGGCGUGCCGCAAUCAGUGGCCACCCGCCAGGGUAACCUCCUGCUCGCCUAAUGCCGCCAGGUUGAAGACUUGGAAAAUCGCAGCCGCCGCCAUAAUAUAA